GCCGUAAUGUCUGUCAAAGAGGCAAUACUCUGACCGCUAUUAUCGGUUUCAUAGUGUUUGACAAUAACUGAAUUCCAUUGAAUUGACGGACGAUUUUGUGUCAACGAAAAUAUGAGUAUUGGAGAGAAGAUGAAGAGGAAUACGGAUGGCGUCCAAACCAAUACAGUUUUAUUGAAACACUCGUACCACUCAUCCGGACUUCUCAUACGUGUUUAUACAUACAAUCAUCCAUUCAUAUCUCGUGCACACAUCAGAGGUCCACUCAUACCGGGACUUCCCAUCCGUUCACUCGCACCACAACCUCUUAACACAUCCGACAUUCCGACGGUAGACCUCGUCGUCUCCCAGACGUUGGUCACCAAAUACCGUCCGACGGGUCGUCAAGAGUUCACCGCAGCGAACGCGAGCCCGAAUUCCGUCACAAAAUAA